GCUCUCCCAUUGGCUGGUGAUGCUUACUUGUCAGUUGUGUGAGCUCAAUUUUACAUUACUUUGUCUGAUUUUAUAGCAUACAAACGGUGAAUACAAUUGGAAACUUGCUUGCUUCAGUCCACUGAAAAAAGGAAAUCAUUUAGAAUGAAAGCUGUGAUACAACGUGUAACAAAGGCAAGCGUAUCAGUUGAUGGAAAAAUUAUCAGUAGCAUUGAAAAUGGCUUAUGCAUCUUGAUUGGGAUAAAACGAGAUGAUACUUUGGCAGACAUGGAAUAUAUUGUACGAAAAAUCUUGAAUAUGAAAGUCUUUGAGGGGCAAAAUGGUAGAAAAUGGUGUGCCAAUGUUAUGGAAAAAGAAUACGAAGUACUGUGCGUCAGCCAAUUCACUUUAUAUCACGUCAUGAAAGGAAACAAAUUAGAUUUUCAUAAAGCAAUGCCAGCGCAAGAUUCGGAACCGUUUUAUAUGAAUUUUCUUGCGGAGCUUGGUAAAAAAUACAAACCAGAAUUGAUCAAAGAUGGUAAAUUUGGUGCUAUGAUGCAAGUUCAUAUACAAAAUGAUGGACCUGUAACGCUAGAGAUUGAAUCUCCAAUUAAAACAGCUAAUGAUGUAACAGAUGUAUGAAUAUUUUUAAUAGUGCAAAUAUGUAUACUGCAAUAAACUAUUUAACAGCAAA